AUGAGUGCUAUCAGCAAGCUGUGGGACAAGUUGCCUAACGAGAUGAAGUUGAAGGUGGUGGGACAGCUGGAUAUUGUGGGAAAAAUCCAACUUGGUCGCUGCAGCCGUUCAGACUACGAGAUCGUCGACAUCUGUAAGGAACCAAUGAAUAUCAUUCGUAUCGAUCUAAAAAUCAAGAAUGGAUUCGUAAGAUGGGCAAUCGUUCAGACAAACGGGAAGAUGAUUCAAGUGGACUACACUGAAAAAGACGGAGUUUGCUUCAUCCGUCGCAAGAGAUCUACCAAAAGCAUUCCGAUAAGAAACGCAUCAGCUUUGGAUCAGUCUCUGAUCGACUUGUGCAAAAUCUUGGGCGGCUCACACGUCACAAUCGAGCAGUUCAGAUUGUACAUAACUGGAGACGAUGAUAACUUCUCCGCGGAGAGAGCUGGUUCAUACUUCGACGUAUUGGUUAAAAGAUUCGGAAGGCUUUCUCAGAAGCUGAAGAUUGGCAAGAUUAACAUCGAUUACUCCUCGUUCACUGUCUACGAAGAAGAUAUGCUCCGUGGGCUCGAGCUUUUGGAUCCAUCGAUCAUCUACAGUGUGGUCAUCAAGGGUGAUGAGGUUGGAACAAUCCUGAAUACCAAGAACGUCAUGGACUGCGAGGCGUGGAAGAAUAGUGUGCACCUCAUCUGCACUCCAGCCAUCCGUCCAAUGGAGGCCUUCUGGGAUAAGACUAGAGUGAGCACUGGGUUGGUUGUGGAGAGUCUUGACUUCCUCCCAAGACUUAUAAAGCAUCUCCGCGUUAAACCAAUCUUCGAGCAGAUGGUGCUUACUCUGAGCUAUUUUGGUGAGGACCCAUCCGGGGAGGAGCUCAUGGACACCCUCAUUGCAAUGUGCCCAGAAAGCAACUACGAUUCACCUGUUCAGCAUGCGUACCUCAGAAACUACACUCUCAAACGUGAGGGUUACCACAUGAGAGUGGAAAUCAGUGAGAACAAAGUCAAACUUUUCGCUGUGAAGAAUGGAGAAGAGGAGGAAGAGUUUGUUGAGAUGCAAGCUUAG